UCUCUGUUAGUAUGUUUUAAGUAAUUGUACUAUAUAGUGACAGGGAGCUGUAGAUUCAUCAAAUGCGUUGGAAACGUAUGAAGCUCUUCAGAAGUAGGUGAGCUGCAAUUUGACAUCAGUCGUGCGUCACGGACUCACUGUGGGAGUGGGGAGGACUCGUUGGACCGGCUCCUGCCCCCCACUGGGGCCCCUCGCAGGAAGAGCACCUCACUGAAUACAACUGAGCCUCCUCUGCUCCGCACAGGCACGCGCACCGUCUACACCGCCGGCCGACCUCCCUGGUAUGACGAGCACGGAGCGCAGUCAAAAGAGGCCUUUGUCAUCGGUAUGACACUCGCUGAUGAUGUUUUCACUCCUCCUGACUCUUUUCUUCUUUCAUCAUCUUCGUGCCAAAUUGUGGCUUUGAGCUGCAGAACCUGUGCUUUUCUGUCUUCAUACACCCAUAAACACUUCACUGCUAUCACACAUGCAUACCGCCAGACAACAUUAGACACACUCUGAAAAACACACAUAAUGGGCCAUUGAAAUGCUGUGUGGAUCUGCAGGGCUGUGUGGGGGCAGCGCCUCAGGGAAGACCACCGUGGCCAAUAAGAUCAUUGAGGCUCUGGAUGUGCCGUGGGUUGUGCUGUUGUCUAUGGAUUCUUUCUACAAGGUUUUAUCCUCAGAGGAGCAGACUCUGGCAGCAAGUAACGACUACAACUUUGAUCAUCCGGGGGCAUUUGACUUUGAGCUGCUGGUUGCCACCCUGCGAAAGCUGAAGCAGGGCAGGAGUGUGAAGAUCCCGGUGUAUGAUUUCACCACACACGGAAGACAGAAAGACUGGAAAAAUGUGUACGGUGCCAGUGUAAUCAUAUUUGAAGGAAUUAUGUCUUUUGCAGACAAAGAGCUUCUUCAGCUCCUGGAUAUGAAAAUCUUUGUGGACACAGACUCAGACAUUCGGCUGGUGCGCCGGUUGCGCAGGGACAUCACAGAACGCGGACGGGACAUUGAAGGCGUCAUCAAGCAAUACAACAAGUUUGUGAAACCGGCCUUUGAGCAGUACAUUGAGCCAACCAUGAGGCUGGCUGACAUUGUUGUGCCGAGAGGUGGUGGGAAUAUGGUGGCCAUUGAUCUGAUAGUCCAGCAUGUUCACAGCCAGCUGGAGGAACAGCGUGAGCUCACUGUCAGGGCGCUCCUGGCCUCCGCUCAGCAGACUCAGCCGCUGCCCCAGACGCUCAGCGUGUUGGAGAGCACGCCGCAGGUCAAAGGCCUGCACACCAUCAUCAGGAAUAAAGAAACCAGUCGAGAUGAGUUUAUCUUCUACUCAAAGAGAUUAAUGCGUCUUCUCAUAGAACAUGCACUGAGGUUUCUACCAUCUCAGCCGUCUGUAGUCCAGACUCCACAGGGCUAUGAGUACGAGGGCCGCAGUUACAACGGGAAAGGGAUCACCGGUGUUUCGGUCCUGCGGGCGGGAGAGACCAUGGAGCCCGCCCUGAGGGCCGUGUGCAAGGAUGUCCGCAUCGGCAAGAUCCUCAUCCAGACCAACAUUGACUCAGGCGAACCAGAGCUGCAUUACCUGCGUCUGCCCAAAGACAUCAGCGAAGAUCAUGUCAUCCUAAUGGACAGCACGGUCUCCACCGGAGCUGCUGCCAUGAUGGCAGUACGAGUCUUAUUGGAUCACGAGGUGCAAGAGGAAAAUAUCGCCUUGGUGUCGCUGUUGAUGGCGGAGCUCGGGGUUCACUCUGUGGCCUACGCCUUCCCGAAAGUCAAAAUCAUCACCACCGCUGUGGACAAGAGUCUGGACGACUUGUUACAUGUAAUUCCCGGUAUCGGGGACUUUGGGGACCGGUACUUCGGGACAGACGGGUCCGACAGCUGGAGUGAUGAGGACCAUGAGCAGCCGUCAUGCUGACACACACACAUCUGUGAGCCACUGUGAAAGAAAAUACAAACACUACUUGAAAACACCCGUUAUUGUGCACCCUCCUCUCCAGACAUAGACCAGCAAAAAAAAAAAAAAAAAA